AUGACGUACAACGUGGGGGGGAUGACCAUGACAGUGUACGACACGCUUCGGCGCUGGUUGCAGAAUAAUCAAGAGGUGGAUGUGCUGCUGCUCCAAGAGAUCCACUGGAGCUUAGGCCAAGAAGAGGCCUCCUGGGCCAUCCCCGGAUGGCUUUUUAUUAUCUCACCGGAUCCGGGCGCGCGACACAGCGGCGUGGGGGUGGUCAUUUCACGACGUAUUGCCAGCGCGCACACACUCUCCUUCUGCACGUGGCUGCCAGGUCGGAUACUACAAGUUCGUUGCGAAGCCAAGCAGGCCAACCUUGACAUCAUCUGUGCCUAUCAGUGGGUACGCAAGGACAGCGCAGCCAGGGACCCGGAACAGCUUCGCAGCAAGUUCUGGUCGGUUCUUGGUGGUCUCCUGGGGGGCCUGCCACGGCGCAACAUGUUGGUGUUGGGAGGCGACUUCAAUUCCACGGUAGCUUCGUUGCCUGGAUUGAUUGGCAGAGGUUUACUCCCCCACCCCACCCGAAAGCCUGAGUCUGAGUUUCUUACUGUGUUGGAAGAACAUAAGCUUUGCUUGUUGAACACUUGGAGUAAAGCCAAGCCUGCUGUUUGUGCCACAUUUCGGAAUGGCGCGGUAGUCUCGCAAAUUGACUUUGUUGCAGUGCGGCGUCGAAACGCCGACUCUUUGGCGAGACGGGCCAGGCCGACCUCGCUGGACCUUGCGCCGGGCCGAGAAGGUCCCAAGCACAGGGCGGUUGCUGCCACUAUUCCCAUAGUGCCGGGUUGGAGGCCACUGCGGAACGCUCUACGCUGCAAGACCUCAACAGGUGAAGAUCCGGCUGUGACUGAGGGGAUUCGGGAAAUGUGGCGACGACACAGGGCCUGCCCAGUGCUCUAUGCCAAGCGACAGGGAACCACCGGCACCGUUCUAACAGGGGAGGUGCCCCUGAAGAACGCGGAGACAAUGGCGGCCAGCGCGGAUGCAGAGAUGGCAGAAGUCGCUCGUCGGGAGUACGCCGAGGUGAUGGGAGCGCUGCCGGGGCUGCCCAGCCUGAUGACAGCAACCCGGCGCAAACCGGGGGAGGACAAGGAAAAGGAGGAGGAUCGGCAAUCCAAGUACCCCCGACCGGGAACCGAGGCCAACAAGGGCCAAGGCCAGAGGCGAGGCAAGGGGAAUUGGGGCCGAAACAGCUGGGACAGUGCAAACUGGAGUCGUUCUUCCGGUUGGGGCGACCAGGGGGAGCAGGAGAGCAAGCCACUAAGCGAGCCAGAUUAUGCGACCCAAGCUCUGCUGCGCUCGAUGACCAAACUGGUCAUACGCCACGAAGAAGAACUGGCCAGGCUUCGAGUGGACACGUCGUGGAUGCUGUUUGUCGACACCCACGACGAAGGCAUAGUACCUCUCCUUCAGAAAGCGGCGGAGCAAACGUCGACUGGAACUGAUGCUGGAGCCAGAGCAACAGCAGCGGGCCACCAAUGUCGGCUGGAUGGGCCAGGGCUCCACUGCGUUGACUCCAGUCUGGCAUUACCACGUCUGGAAUCCGGAACGGAUGCAACAGGAGCGCUCGGAACGCCCACCAUUGUGCCACCAGACUGCCCUGCAGCAUCUACAGACGCUUCUGGAAUGCAGUGCCUAUCCCAAUGUCCUCACCCGCUUCAAGGCGACUCGAGGACUGGAGGGGGAGCACACCAGCCCGGUGGUUCCUUUCAUGCUAUCCCUGUCGCUUCGGAACGAGGCCACAGCCCGCUGUCAUCAAGCCCUCGCCGCUCUGGAUGGAAACGCGUGCCUGAAGCCCUCGGGGAUACGCCUACGGCCAGAAAGAGGCCAGCCAUCCCAAUUGUGCCGGGAGCUGGCGGACCACUACCUCAAGCUCUCCUACACGGACUGGACAGCGAGGCCCAAAGCGCGGGUGCAGAAGAAGUCCACCCUGCCCCGCACGGCGCAAGAGACGGACGAACUGUGAACCAGGCCGCCCGCAGAGUCACAUGUCAGCUUGCGCAUCCCUCACCCCAGGUACCGCAGGCCAGGCUGCAGAAUCCCCACUCCCUGUGCUACAUGAACUCAGUUGCACAGUCAUUGGCCUGGCAGGGACGGUUGUCUUCUGCGCCGUUGCUCUGCUACGGGCAAGCUAACUUUGCGCUGCAGAUGGUGCUGCGCCCAGGAACUCCCACUUUGCAUCGCAGCCUCCCCUGGCUGCCCUAUGUGCAAACCUGGCAGCAGAUUGCGCAACAGCAUGACGCCAGUGAAUACCUACAGCAUUUUCUGAGCAUCGCACAGCCUCCUGCGUACAACGGUCACUGGGAAGCGCGCAUGUCCAAUCCGCAUCAGGUCACGGACGGUGGCGAGCUGCAGUGCCCCCUUUUGCUGGAGGCCUGCGGACCAGACUUGCAGACUGCAGUCGACACAUGGCAUGCUCAGCCUGCUCUUCAUGCGCUUCACAUGCACAUGGGGUUAGUUCUGCUACAGCUUAAACGAUACAGCUAUGUGGACGGCUGUUCGCACAAAAACCAAGUCCCCAUCCUUUGCAGGCCAGGUGCGGUGAUUCGGGUACCGCACUUCACAGCCAGCACCGGACUUCAGGUCCGGCAUGACCGAUUCCGCAUUGCCUUUGUGAUUUUCCACGUAGGAGAUAGCACCCACACAGGUCAUUACCAGGCUGCCCUCAGCUGCCCUACUGCUGUUGUGCCCACGGACGGUCAUGACGGUCAGAUGGAGUGGAUCUUUCAAAUUUGUCAAGACAGAUGCAAGCCCAAGCCAGCUACGACCAGAGACCAGGCGCGCAUACGCCACAAUGGGUACCUAGUGGGCCUCAUUUGCAUCGAGUAG